AUGACGGACAAUAGCGUCAAGGAGAUGGAAACGAGGUUUGCGCAAGAAGACGGGCUUCAAACGGAGCUGGUACGCGAGUUUCAGGCUCCAAAAGGACUGAUUAUGCCCCUACGACUUCAGUUCAACGAUUUGCUCAACACAAUGGCUACGAUUGAUCAAAACAAGGGUAAAUCUGCGCAUGAGAAUUUCCAAAUGGUGCGUGCUAAAGUUAUUGCGUUGAACUCGCAGAUCCAGGAGUUUUCGCGGCAGGUGAAAGGCCUGGAACCCAGGUUCGAAAGCCUGGAGAAGUACGCAACGGAGAUGAAGACAAGCAAGUUUGCACCGCUCGAAACCUUAUCGCGAUCAAGCGAAGCCGCGGCGGUGCAACAGUCCAAGAACGUGAGUGGUAUUUCUGGCCUCAGCGGCGGUCCCAGCGUCGCCAGUGGACCCUCUCCCGCAUCAGCAGCAGCGCGUGCGAGCUAUUCGAGCGCCAAUACCCCGAACAGCAGCGUCUCAACACCUUCUGGCGCCCAGGGUGCCGCUGCGCGGAAACCGAAACGCAGUCGCGCAAAGAAGAACUCGGUCUCGGGCAGUAUGCCUGGUAGUAUGCCUAGCGGCAUGUCUAGUGGCAUGCCGGGGAGCGUGCCGGGCACUCAGCCGCUGCAGCAGAUGUCACUUGCGCCGCAACAACCGCAACAGCAGCAACAUCAUCAAAUGCCUAUGCCGUCAGCAAAUCCGGGCCAAAUCCUCGCGAACAUGUCACCUGCAAACAUGAUGAGCAGUCCAAUGAACGUGAUCUCACCAAUGAACACGGGUCUCAGCGGUGUCAUGGGCUCCUCGUUCUCCUCAAACUCAAUGAUGACCUCGGCAAACAAGCCUCAAACGGCUCCUCAGCAACGACAGGCGGUACCGACCCCACAACAGAUCAACAUGUCAAACAUUACACCGGCCAACAUCCUUACCAUGUCCAUGAUGGACAAAAACAUGAACAACCCAGCCAUAAGGUCUCAGCCGCAGCAGCAACCAGCGCAGCAACCACAGCCGCAGCAACAGCAGCAACCUACACCACAGCCACGAACACAAACCCAGCAGCUCCCGCAAGUAGGGUCCAACGACUUCACCAACCUGGAUCUCAACAAUCUGGAUCUCUCUAAUCUCAACAUGGACUUCUUCUAG